UCGGUUGAAACCAGCGACUCGUGGGGGCUACGAUAUUUGUGUAAAUUGUCUUUGAAAGAUUGCAAUCUAUCACUAUUGGAAUAUAACGCUUCCCUGCCACAAACAUGUCAAAACAAAUAUACUACUCGGAUAAAUACACCGACGAGCAUUAUGAAUACAGGCAUGUCGUAUUACCUCGAGAACUGGCGAAGCAAGUCCCCAAAUCACACUUGAUGUCAGAGGAUGAGUGGCGAAGACUUGGAGUGCAGCAGUCACUGGGUUGGGUACACUAUAUGAUCCACGAACCAGAACCUCAUAUACUCUUAUUUCGAAGACCUCUUCCAAAGAUGUGAUGCGUGCAGAGAAGUGCAGCCCCUGGAACAGCUGUGCGCUUAAUACUGGUAUUCAGUGAAUACUUGCACCCCAUCAACCUAAUGCCUCCUGUGCACACGCUGUGUUAUCUCAGCAAAGAAGCUCAGUUGGAUCACAAGUUGUGACAGUUGCAUUGCUGUAGCAUGGACACUUAGGUCCAGAGGAAUUGCUAUUGUAUUACCAAUGUACCCAUAAUCUGUUGAUCAUGUGUCAAAUAAAUAUGUGAAUAUAAUAAUCAGAGCUGUUAAUCUUGAUGCUACUAUUGGUACAACUUUGCUGUUGGUAAAUUUGCCAUCCAGGGAAACAUCAAGAAACUCUGACUUAUAAAAAUAUGAAAACCUCUACUAUUGUAAAUGAUUUUGAGUAAAACUUCUGUUUUAUAUACAAGGCAUCAUAAGUGUAUCCUAUUUUUAAAGUUGGUGCAUGUGGCAGUGCCUCGUCUGGAUUUGUAAACUGAUUCAGGUGUCUUUAUAACUUCUAAGUCCACUUCUCAGAACCACUGUGCCUACACAAAAACAAGAGUUGAGCUUUUUUUUCUUCUGUGCCUGAUGAGUGUUGUCCAUAUAUGUGUUGAUAAAAGAUAGUGGCAAACAUGGUGUAUGUGAAUAUCAGGGUUUUUUUUAUUAUUUUUUUUAUCACAUCAUUUCCUUAGUCUCCUUAAUUGUACCUGUUCACAUAAAUGUAGUCUUGGCCAAAUUGAUGGUAUUGUUUUACCUUUCUAGGUAUACCCAGGUUUAGAAAUGUGUCCAUUAGGCCAUUCUUAUAUGGAGCACUCAUAAAACAAUGAUGGGAAGGUUGUUGUCUAUCUUCUGUGGUUUGAAUGUUGCGACUUGAAAAUAAACCCUUUUUUAUAAUUUUU